CGGCGGCAGAGCCACGGGACGCGCCAUGCUGCCCGCUGCCCUCCGCCGGUGGCUCCGCCGACCCAAGCGCUCCGACCCUCGCCUGCUCUCCCAGUUCUUCUUUGCCGACGAGAGGGUGACAGGGGUGGUGGCCGAGAUCAACGGGCUGGAUGCCGAACUGGACCCACAGCAGUACCUGGUGCUCCUCAACCAGCUCCACCUCAGUCAGGCUCACCUGCUGGCCAUCCUGGAGCAGAUCAUGGAGGAGUGCAUCCCUACGCAGCGGCACAGCCGGGACUACCUAGUCAAGUUCCCUGAGGAGCUCUUGGUGGACAACUUGGGGAACCAUAUGCUGUUUGCUGCUGAGUGUCUCCUGGCUGGGACCUUCCCGGAGGUGGAGGAGGCGGACAGGGCACAGCUGCGGCCCCAGGCCAGGAACCUGCUGUGCAGCCUGGAGCUGGUGCGGACAGUACUGCGGGAGCAGAGCCUGAGCCAGCCCAAUUCCUACCCGGAGCCCGUCCGGGCUGUGCUUAUCCAGUUUGACCGGCUCUUUGCAGAGUUUGAGCUGAGCUAUGUGUCCUCGCUGGUGGCAGUGAAGUCUCCCGAGGAGAUCUACAGGCAGCAGGAGAUCAUUGUGCUGUUCUGUGAGACAGUGGAGAGAGCACUGCGCCUGGGCUACCUGACCCAGGAGAUGAUCGAUGACUACGAACCGCUGCUGAUGUUCACCAUCCCUCGCUUGGCCAUUAUCAGCGGCCUCCUCAUCUACCCCGAGGGUCCCCUCAGCCUGGAGCGGAGCCCCGAGGAGAUGUCCCGGGUCUUCAGCCCCUUCUACAAUCUCCUGAAGAAGAUCAGGGAGCUGCUGCGGGUGCUGUCAGUGGAGGAGCUCUGCCUGCUGGAGAGGAGCCUGUGCACAGCUGAACCAGAGAAUCCCUGUGGUCCAGACAUCACCCCAGUGUGGGAAGCAGCUGUGCCCAGAGAGGACCCCCCUGCUCCCUUUGGUCUCCUGGAGGUCCCUUGUGCCACACCACCAGCCCUCACCUGCACGACACUAUUGGGACCCUCUGGUGCUGUCGACAGCCCAGGCACCGACUGGCAGUGGGGCCCCCAGAUCCCCGGGAGCAGCCCAGGGAUAGGUGCCACCCUGGGUGCCCACUGCUCAGAGCUGCGCUGCCGGUACAGCAGCACCAAGGACAUGCUGCACACCCUCUUUGUCUGCAUCUCUGGGGUUGCCGAUCAGCUCCAGACCAACUUUGCCAGUGACAUGCGCAGCAUCUUGAAAACGGUCUUCAAGAUCGUGGCCUCGCAGGUGGAGCCCUUGGAGGAGCCCAGUGCCAGCCGAAAGAAGGAUGAUGACUCCUGUGUGGCAGAUGCUCCUCGUGUGGCUGACUGCCCACUGUGCUCCAGCCCCACGGAGGCUGCCGGGCUCCGGAGGGCAGGCACUCACCGCCUGCCCGAGUGGGUGCCCGACAGCACGUGCAGCCAGUGCUCUUCCUGCCGCUUGCCCUUCACCCUGCUGCGGCGCCGGCACCACUGCCGCAGCUGUGGGAAGAUCUUCUGUGCCCGCUGCUCACCGCACGCCGCGGAACUGCCGCACUACAGCCACACCAAACCCGUGCGUGUCUGCACCCACUGCUACACCACACACCUUCUCACCUGCAUCCCAGUGCGCCCGGAGCCAAUGAGAGCCCCUCUGCCAGAGCUGCAUCUGCAGGAGGCCAUGCACCGGGGGCAAGGGGCCGUUCCAGGGCUGCUGGGCAGCUCUUCAGCCCUAUGACUGCUGUCAGAGCUGGGUGGGCAUGAUGGCAGGACCCCCUUACAUGGCAGUAGGACUCCCCCUCACACAGGGGCAGGACCCCACAGACGGCGGCAGCCCACGCCUGGUGCUGGCAGGCUGGGGUCACGGUGGCUGCAGGACCCCCCCUCCCGAUGCACCGUGGCCGUGCCCUGCUUUCAGUGAACCGCGUGCACCUGCCCCCCGGCUGGAAAUGUGCUUCGUGGUGGUUUUUUUUCAGGUGAACUUUGACUGUUGUUGGGCCCGGGGCAGAGUCUCCCCCCCCCACCCCACGGCCUGGCCUGAGAAGGUGCAAACAGCCCUCACAUGACGGCGGGUGCCCCAGGGCCGCCCGUGCCACA